AUGCCGUCAUCACCACCAACGGGCGUCUUCGUGCCCGUGCCCACCUUCUUCCAACCAAAGUCCGAAAGCAGCACGCUGCAAGCAGGCAUCGACGUGGAAGCGCAAAUCGCACACAGCGUCUUCCUAGCGAAAAAUGGCGUGCGCGGACUCGUCCUGCUAGGCUCCACGGGCGAAGCAAUCCACAUGUCGCGACAAGAGCGCAUCGACGUCGUCGCCGGUGUGCGCAAAGGUCUCGACGCCGCGGGCUACACAGACUACCCCAUCAUGGCUGGAACCCUGAUCAACAGCAUAGACGAGACGCUCGAGUGGCUCGAAGACUUCAAGGCCGCUGGCGCGCAGUGGGGUCUCGUGCUUGCACCUGGAUAUUUCGGUGCGGCGGCGAGCCAGGAGGGGAUACGGGAGUGGUACACUGUGGUUGCGGAUAAGAGUCCACUUCCGAUAUUAAUUUACAACUACCCCGGCGUCACCAACGGCGUCAUGGUCACACCAGAAACCUACCGCAUCCUCGCGCAGCACCCCAACAUUGUCGGCUGCAAAAUGUCGCAUGCCGUCGUCUCAUGGCACAACCAAGUCUCUCUAGACCCGCAAAUCGACCACUCCAAGUUCCGCGUCUACUCUGGCCUCGGCCAGCAACUCGGCCCCAUCGUCCUCUUCGACGCCGCCGGCGUAAUCGACGGCCUCGCAGCCAUCUGCCCCAAGACCGUGUGCUCCCUCAUGAAGCUCGCCGAAACGCGCCCUGUGACCGAUGAGAAUCUCAAGAGGAUCAAGGAGCUGCAGUAUGUCGUGAGUACGACUGAAGAGUACAUUGGCAAGUACGGUAUUGUGGGCAUCAAGGAGGCGGUUAAGCGCGUGACGGGCUACGGUACGAUGGAGGGGGGUAGACUCCCGAUUCAGGGACGCCUGCCGGACGGCGAGUGGGAGAAGUGGAGCGAGACAUGGCAGAGGAUAUUGAAGGUUGAGGAGUCGCUGGGGGAGAAGGAUUUCAAGUAG